CCACCCCUGCAUCUACAAUUCUCCUCCAAACUUGUUCCAAAGUAGUUCAUCUCCCAUAUCUUCCUUUACCCUUAAGAAAGUCUUAUCACAUCCAUUUUCAGAUCUCAUUCAACAAAACAACAUGAAACUACCCAAAACCCAGACCCCUCUGGUCAAUCUCAAACUCAUUCUUACCGGCUCAUUCGUGCUCUUGCUCCUCAUAUUGAUUCUGAGAUCAAAGUCAUCAUCAACAUCGUUGAAUAAUUAUGUGCCAGCUGCAGCUCAAGAUAUUCCGACAAAGUGCACAAAAAUUCCACCGUCCCUGUCCCAAGCACUAGUCCACUACGCAACAUCAAACAUAACACCCCAACAAACCCUAGAAGAAAUUUCGGUCAGCCUGAGGAUCCUGGACAGGAAAUCCCCAUGCAACUUCCUCGUAUUCGGGCUAGGCCACGACAGUCUCCUCUGGACCUCACUGAACCACGGAGGCCUCACCGUCUUCCUCGAAGAAGACGAGUCCUGGAUCAAACAAAUCCAGGCAAAAUUCCCUUCCCUCAAAUCCCACCAUGUCAUCUACGACACUGUUAUGACACAAGCAGAUGAUCUCCUCACUGCAUCAUUAUCAGACAAGGAAUGCAGCGCGGUGACUGAUCCUCGGGACUCGAAAUGCAGGUUAGCUCUGAAAGGGCUGCCGAAGCAGGUGUAUGAAGUGGAGUGGGAUGUGAUCAUGGUGGAUGCACCCACGGGGUACCACGACGGGGCUCCGGGGAGAAUGAGCGCGGUCUACACCGCAGGACUGAUGGCGAGGAACAGAGAACAGGGGGAAACGGAUGUGUUUGUGCAUGAUGUGAAUAGAGUUGUGGAGGAUAAAUUUUCUAAGGCCUUUCUGUGUGAAGGCUAUUUGACACAACAGGAAGGAAGGCUCAGGCAUUUUAGUAUUCCGAGUCAUAAGACUCGUUCCAGGCCCUUUUGUCCUUGAUUAUUAUUUCCCCACUUAUUUCUUUUCUUCUUAAUUGAUAAUAAUGAGGAAUUUCUUCUUGUUU